AGGUGAAAGAAAUUUAUUGUCGUAUUUGAUUUGUUUGUUUAAUUUAGUUUGAAAAGUAUCGUGUGUUUGUAUAGAUUUUUUUUAAAGUAAGUAUGAUAUAUAUUUAUAUUUUUUAUUAAAUGUAAAUUCUAUAUGACCAGUACUUACAAUAAAUUUUGAAUUACCUUCAGGUAUACAUCAAUAGUUCAAAUAUGGUGAAGGCAGUUGCGAUUAUUACUGUGAGUGAUACUUGUUUCAAAGAUCAUUCUAAAGAUACAUCGGGACAGGCUCUGGCUGAACUUGCUCGCAAACUGUACCCUGAAGCUAACAUCCAUACUUUAAUCAUUCCUGAUGAGAGAGAGCUUAUAGAGAGAGAAUUAAAAUAUUACUGCGAUUCUAAUGUGGACUUAGUAUUGACAACUGGGGGAACUGGACUUGCUCAUAGGGAUGUCACUCCAGAAGCAACUAAGGCUGUUAUCCAAAAAGAAGUGCCAGCAAUAACCGUUGCUAUGACAGUUGAGAGUCUCAAGAAAACUCCAAUGGCCAUGCUAUCCCGUUCUGUUGCUGGCAUAAGAGAUAAAACUUUAAUAAUUAAUUUCCCUGGUAGUAAAAAAGCUGUUUUAGAAUGUUUUGAAGUGGUACAACCAGUUUUAUCUCAUGCUAUGUCAUUACUCCAAAACAAUCUCAAAGAAAUAAGGAGUAUUCAUAAUUCAAUGCAGUUUGGACAUGCAUGUCCUCACCGCAGCAAUGUUGAUGUCACCAAAGUAGCUUUUAGACCAAGGGAAUCACCAUAUGCAAUGGUGGAAAUGUCUGAAGCUUGGAAAAUAGUUGAUAAUCUUAUAUCUCAAUGGCCUGAGCAUUUUGAAAUAUUGCCACUGGAGGAUGCUAUGGGCAGGGUUGUAGCACAGGCACUAAGUGCUAUGGAACCUAUGCCACCAUUUGAUGCUUCUAUUAAAGAUGGUUACGCGUGUAUAAGCAGCGAUGGUUCUGGCGUUCGUCGCGUGCGUACCGCUCUAACAGCUGGGGACGCGCCCACGUCGCCACUUCUGCCAGGCGAGUGCGCGCGUAUUAAUACCGGCGCCGCGCUACCCGCCGGCGCUGACUGCGUCGUACAGGUGGAAGAUACCAAAUUGAUAACAGCAACUGAAGAUGGGCAGGUUGAAAUAGAGGUGGAAAUAAUGGUAGCCCCUAAACCUCAGCAAGACGUGCGACCAAUUGGCUUCGACAUACCUAUGGGCACUGUGCUGGUAGAUAAAGGUGACGUGCUUGAUGCGGCACAAAUUGGUAUGGUAGCUGGAGCGGGUUAUCAAAAUGUCACAGUGCGGGCGUACCCAAAGGUGGCGCUUAUGUCGACUGGUAAUGAGCUUCAAGAGCCCUCUGAGUUGAAAUUGCGACCUGCGCAUAUAAGGGACUCUAAUAGAACUAUGAUUAAGACGCUAUUAAGAGAACACGGAUACGAUAGCAUCGAUUGUGGCAUAGUACGUGAUUCACCAGAGCUUCUGGUAUCGGCAAUAUCUGAUGCUCUGCGUCGUGCAGAUAUUCUAGUGUGUACUGGCGGCGUGUCUAUGGGCGAAAGGGAUCUACUUAAGCCUGUAUUACUCAAGGACUUUGGUGCUACUUUGCAUUUCGGAAGAGUACGAAUGAAACCCGGCAAGCCAACAACGUUUGCCACAUGUGAAUUCGAAGGCAAAACCAAAUAUAUAUUUGCUUUACCCGGUGAGUAGAUGCGUUGACAAAUUGAAAAUAAUGAAAAAUUAAAAUAUUUACUGAAUGUAUCAUGAAUGAAGUUAUGGUAUUCUUAAGAAUUUUAUGUUUUCCUUUUUUUUGUUAUAUAUCGACGCUGGAAAGCAAACACGUAGUAACCCGCAAAAACAAAAUUUUUAUUUAGAGCAGAAAAGCUUUUAUUUUUUUCGAUAAAUAAUUCCUAUAAACGACCAUGGUAAUAAAUAAGGUGUUCCUUAAUCAAUUUAUACGGAAAUAAGAUAUUUUUUUUUUUAAAUAUAAAGAUUUUCCACUUUAAAUUUCCAUUUUGGUUUUGCGGGUUACUACGUGUUUGUUUUCCAGCGUCGAUAUUUAGUUGCUGCACAAGGCU